AAUUUAUGACCCCGCAACGCCAGCUGACUCAUAAUCACGUGAGUUCGCUCGUCCUUUCAUCUAGGUAUUGUACCAUAGAUGCAAGGAUUUUCAGUCGAUUAAAAUGCAACCUUACAUCACCAAUAGUAUAUGUCCUACCGAGGUUGCUAGCUAAAGAUGGCAAGCCAGUUAAACCACCUAGACGGACCAACAUUUCUACCAGGUUUACUUGGGGAAACGAAGAUUCAUCGGUCUCUUGUAAGGAUUGGAAGCGAUCAACAGAAGCUUUUGGACCUUCCCAGUUCCUGGGCACAGUUUCUCAGCAAUCUCUCCAAGCCUUUUUUCAAUGUCCCUCCUGAAGUACUACGAGAUUUGAAGGAAUGCUAUUCCCGUCAACUGCAGCCAGCACAAUCAGGUGAAACUGUUUUGCCAGCCGAUGUGCAGACCAAUACCAAUGAUCAAGAUGAGCGAAAUUCCCAGAUUCAUCCUGAUCCUGAUGCCGAGAGUGACAGCGAAGAGAGCCAGGCCACAUCCUGGUAUUCGAGCCCUUAUCAUCACAAAACAAUACCCCCCAAGACGAGCGAUGAAUCUCCUCAGCAACCAUUUAUGACACAAGUACCAUCCGUCUCCCCUCCUCGGCCUACGGAGUCUACUCCAUCUGAACGGCAGCCUCUUCCACCCUUCCCACCAAGUAGCCAAGACCAAGAAGAUCCUCUCGAGGUUGAAGUCCCAACCGGCAUUAACGACAAGAUUCUUCCUCUGGGAAAACUUACCGCUCACGUCUGUGCAACACCCCCUUCCGCCCAAGUGGUACCGUGUACAUAUGAGCUGUCGGAGCAAUCCUCCACAAAGCCAAAGUCAAAGCCGAAGCAACGGGUGUAUAAAGAAGUUCCUGAAUUCUAUCGCCCGCCAAAGCCUCGUCCUACAUCGGCCCAUCCUAUUCUAGAUGCGGCAAAGCCACAGGUUAAUGUCGCAUCAUUUCCUAAAGCACAGAGUUCCGGAUCAAUAGGUGAUCCAUCUUCUUCCGUCAUACCAUCAACCGUCCCCGGUGAAGUUCCACGGAAAAACCCGCCUGCCUGGGAGGUUAACCGACCCAAUUCUCCACUGGAAGUCCCACAUACCGGACGCGAUAGUCCUGAAGCUCCAGAUUCUCCGCAAACUCAACCGCCUUCGCCCGAGUACAGCCCUCCAACACCGCAACUCAGAUCUUCACCACCCAUUUUGCCUGUACUCCCAAUCGCAUCGCCAACCGUUACGGAAGCGCCUUCAGUAUCGCAAACGCCUUUUCUCCGGUACACUAUAGCGUAUCCAAACUAUAAUGGAAGCAUCAAUGACUUUGUGACUGCUUGUAUGUACAUUCAACUCCGACGACGAAGGAUACGAACGUCUCUGUAUGACGACUUCAUUCGAGCGUGGCAUGAAGGCUAUCUACCGUAUGUUAGAGAAUGCGACGAUUCUGAGCCUCCUAUGAAGGCCCUAAAUGCCAUUGACUGGUAUAACCAGAUUGACGAUGAUCCCGUAUUUACAUCACGAAUUAUCACACGACAAAAUCUUGAAUCAACUCUCAACUUUUAUCCGGACGAGUUUCAUACUGCUCGGGAGCUUCUAGCCUUGUCGGCAAAACAAUCCCGAGAGCCAACAGGUACUCCAGACGGUACUAUUCUAGCGAAAGGUCAUGCCUCUCCGCGGGACCUUGUUGUCGCAGAGGAGGCGGUGCUUAGCAAGCCAGUCCAAGAUCCACCACCAGCGAAGAGAGCCGAAAGUACAUCUAACGAUAUUACCUUAGCGGCCGCAUCUACCAGCCCUAAGCCAACUCAUAGGAAAAUCAUCCCGGUAAACCAAUCGAUGCAGGAGAUCGGACCAAGACCAAUUAAGGCGAAAGGCCUCACGCGGUCCUUUUCUGAAGCGUCCCGUCAUAAGAGGAAAUCCAGCGAGGAGCUCAACUUCUCCCCACCUAAAAGACCAUCAGUCAACUCCCUAGCUAGACUCGACUCCUGGAGCAAUCCCGUCGUAAAGACGGACGUCCCUAAGAGUACAGUUCAAGGUUCUCCUGCACCUAGCUCUACUAUGGAAAGGAAGCGGAAGUAUGCCGACGACCCGCAGAAGAGAAGCAGGUCAUUUGCGAAGUUCUUAAAGAAGCGACAAAAAUGGGAGAAGGAUAGUAUUGCGAGCUCGGCGCCUGUAAGUAAUACCCCGACAUCUGCCCAGAAAGAGUAGCGAUUAGUGCACAAGAGCGGUACAAUAAUUAUGACCCGGAGUAAGGCGACAUGGGCAAUGAUUUUUGAACGAAUGGUGUUUCAGGGGUAUUUGUACAUAUGUCGCAAGCUUGAGAUACCCCCCCAUUUGUCACUAUUUAGGUCUUUUGGAAGACAUGUGUUAGAUAGAGGUACCUAACCUAUUUUUAAAAGGGGGUUUUAUGUGAAGCAAUCAGAGUGUAGUACUACUUACUACCUUGCUAUAAUAUUACUACUACCAACUACAAGUUGAGCGAUAGUUGACUCCAAAUACUGACUACGAAAUAUAGUAAGGUGUAUUUGCCAUAAGAUAAGCUAGAAAGCCAGGUAUCAUGGAAUAGUUGAAUCGUUCAAUGUGUACUGACAUGUGAAUAUUAAAAUUGGAGCUUCACAGUGUAUU